AUGGCGGAUUCAUUAGUCUCAAUGGAAUGUCCAUUCUGUGGGUGGACGAGCGAGUGGCGGGAAGAGUACGAGAUGAUGUUGCACAUGGAAACCUACCAUCCCGAGGACGGAAAGUCACCAUUUGUUCCGGAUGAGGGUCUCCCAAACCCAACGAACACGGCAGAGGACUCAGACGGAGCCGGCGAUGCUUAUGUCGAGUGUCCCCUUGACGGAUGUACCGAAGUCCUGGUCAGGGACGAGCUGGACUAUCACCUGGAGCUGCACUCGGACGAGGCAGAGGAGAACAAUGUGGCUUCUCGCACACCAACACCAAAGCCGUCCGCGCCGCAGGCGCCGGAGGAGAGCCGCUCGACACCAUCACCGCAGGAGGAGAGCAGCGACCCACCGUCCGACGAAACCUACGUCGAGAUCCCAAAGUCUAAGCAACAGCGGGCUAUCUCCGCCUGGAGGAACAUGUUGGCCAUGCCGAGCAAGCGCCGUCCUAAGAAGACGGACAGCACCGUUGGAAGCACGCCCUCCAAGGCCACCAACGGCGCCAUCUCCAAGAAGGUGCCCGUCAAGCUUGGUAAGGCCGAGCUGGGUCGGUAUCACAGCGAGCAGCGCAUGCCGGACUGGCUUGUCUCUCACCUUCGAAAGUACGGACAGGCCGUCGGUCGGGACGUGAUACCAGUGAUAGCCCAGCUGUUGCAGCAAUCACCCACAACGGAGUACGCGUAUCUGUGCCACCCGUGCACGUGGCAUGUGUCCAAGCUCCGCCGCGAGGGCGGGUUCUGUGGCUACAGGAACAUCCAGGUGGUGAGCUCCUAUAUCAUCGGGGCGAAAUUCGAAGGAUCCCACCACUUCAAUGGCAAGUUGCCUUCGGUAUUUGAUAUCCAAGACUAUGUCGAGGCCGCAUGGGACAAGGGCAUCAACAAGCAGGGCAGGAUCGAGACCGGCGGCAUCAUAGGGACACGAAAGUAUAUCGGUACGCCGGAGGCACAGGCCAUGUUCGUUUCUCUGGGCAUUGCGUGCGACGCGCAGGGCUUCAAGAACAAGCAGCAGCCGGGCAAGGCUGAGGCGCAGAUGCUAGUGGCCGUGGAGAGGUACUUCCAGCAGGGCAUAUUCAACCCGGAAGAAAGAGUGCGGUGCACCACGCUCCCCCCCAUAUAUUUCCAGCACGCCGGCCACUCGAUGACCAUCAUCGGGAUUGAGAAGCAGAUGGACGGCGGGAUCAACUUGCUCGUUUUCGACCCCAUGUUCCGCGACUCCUCGGUCAUCACGGAGAGGGUCGGUCAGAACUUCAUAUACAAGCAUCCGGAUCACGCCUUGAAGGCGUACCGGCGAGGCAGCAAGUACCUGAGGCGGUACAGGGAAUUCGAGCUUCUGAGGCUGAGGCCCCCAAUCGAGGCCGUCGGGGGAAUGAAUAAGGGCCAUCCUUCUUUGUCCGCGUCGCUAUGCACCACCGAGCACAGAGUUGACGGCGGCACCUACCUGGAACCGGAAAUUUGA